AUGGAUUCAGAUUCGAAAACUCCUGCGGAAGUCAUGAUGCCAUGGGUGGGCUUGUAUGCUGCUAUAGCAUCUUUCAUAUGCGUCAUUGCAAUGGCAGCCGAUGCCGUCCAAGCAAUAUGGCAUAGGAAGCUCUGGUUUCCAAAUAGAUUUUUCUCUCUUAAUGCUACUACCAUCACACUUAUUGCAAUUGCAAUGAAGCUACCGGUGGAUCUAGGUACCUAUCAACUUAAGCGCGAAAAGCAUGUAAGCAUUUUUUUCUUGGUCAGCAUGUUAGCCAACUUUCUCCCUUCUUUAGGGCUUAUGGAUGACAAAGAGCUUCUAAUGAACAUUGUGGCCUUAGCUAUCCUCUUGAUCACUAUUGUUCUAAAUAUGGGGAUCCAAAUUUAUAUGUCAUCAUCCUUGUUUUUAGAAUGGUUUUUCGAAUUUCUUUUAAUGCUUCCCCUUCUAUGGCCAUUUUCGGUAGCUUUGACAGUUUCAUCAAUGAGAAAAAAGUUAGAACACAGGUAUAAUGAGUCACAACAACUAGUUUCAAGUCAUCAAGAGAAAAUGUUUUCCGCUGAGGAACUCAAACUUUAUGUUAAAAAGUACUGGAUGAUGACAGAAACUCGAAACCCUCAGUUUGUAAUUGCUUGCUCACCAGUUUCUUCUGCCUUUGGGGUUAUAUGUGUACUAUUUGCUUUGAAUUCAAGUUUCAUUUUAAGAAAUAUUAUAAAGUACAAAUAUUAUGAUGAUCAGAUUGAAAAUUCGGAUUAUAAGUGGUCAGUCAUGAUAUUUCUUAUCGUACAGUUAAUUGGGAUUGUUGUAGGUAGUAUUGCACCAAUUUUAAGAUGUUUCACGUCUAUCGGUCAUUAUAGUCUCUCUAAGAAACUAAGCAAGAACCAUUUAAAUGUGUUCCGAGUUGAAAAACACUGGAUCGAAAGGCUUCAACAGUGGAAACGUAACCAUGUUCAUUCACAUAUUCCAGGCCGUUAUUUGAAGAUCGCUUUUCAUUACAUAAAAAACGCCUUUUUAAACUUUUGUUUAGCACUUCGUAUUGCGGUUCUGGAAAUAUGUAAAACAAUAUGUCUUGCUCCACGAGCUUUUCUUAUCUUACUGGCCUGUUGUUGGUAUUUCUCUAAGUCCUUUUCAGAAUGGCUUAAAAAGAUGGAAAUAACAUCUAAUGGCAAUAUGAGUUCAGAAUUAGAAGAAUAUACUAGAUAUGUUGUCCAGAUUGAUGAGGAGGCAAAACUUUCAAAAAGAAUAUUAAGAAAUACGCUCCAUUCUAUAACUCAACUUCUUGACGCGGAGAAGGAACCGCGUAAUCUAAUGAGGCUUUUAGAGAAAUCUAAAGGAUUCAUUGGAGUAGUAGAGUUCGACAAUGACCUAGUUCAACCUUUAUAUCCAGAAGAAACCCACAAUUGUUGGAGCCUUGUAGUAACAUUGACAACAAUUGCCAUUGCACUUCCUAACAUUGCAAAUGUUCAUUUCAAGGGGCUUCUUGCCGGCAUGAGUGAAGGCCUCAAGAUUGUAAGACAUAUUGAAGAUUGUCUCGACGCAAAUGGUGAACUAGUAAGUGCAAUAAAAUCGGCAAGAAGGGUGUGGAAAGAAGUUGAAGUAUACCGCAAAUGGCUAAAAAUUGAUCUUCAAAGUAACGCUCACAAAGAUAAAACAUCUAAAGAGAUCCUUAAAUGGUUAGGAGAUGAAGGAGAAAAAAUUAUGAAAAUGUUUAAGAGUAGCCGAAAAUCAAGUAUAGAUCAUUCGCCUUAUAAGUUCGUACCUCCAAGUUCCAUGUACAGGAUCAGCACGAGCAUAUUAUCGUACUUCAAUGAACAAGAAAUCUCGUUGAAUGAUGAAGCCCUUUUUGAAUGGAUAUCUACUAUAAUUGCGAGUAUUUUGUUGGCAUGCUUUACCAACUUACCACGUGUCAUAAAAAUGAAGUGUCACCACAAUGCAAUAGAGAAAAGGGGAGAUAACAUCCGGAUUGCAGCCCAACUUCUUGGUAAAUCUAAAGAAAUUCUUAAGAUUCUUGAAGCACGUCCACUCCCUAACAUAGGUCAAGACUCGAUGGCAUACAUUGAUGAGUGGUGUGUACUUCCCAAGAGUCAAAUACCAAAUGGUUGUGCUUCUUCAAAUGAGAUAUACCAAGAUCUUCAUGUUGUAGUGAGUCCAUAG